AUGGCUCCCGAUAUUACCAGAUUUACAGAAGGGCUAUCAGCGCAGCUCUCAGAGCUUGCUUCGACCACCUCGAUCAAGUCAAGCCCUAAGGUAGAGCCUAUCUCAAAGUCAGAGAAGCGGGAAUUGCUGUCCCGUCUUGAGGGAAAGAAACUUCUCGUCCCGGAUCUGAUAUCACUUCUUCCUGGAUGGAGAUAUGGCUUGCACCCAGAUGUCGAUCCCGUGAAUGAGGAGAUCGAUGAAUGGCUAAAGACAGUCAAGGUAGAGGAAGUUAAGAAGAUCAAACACCGAGCUCGAGGUAACUACACGUGGCUUACAGCGACGUAUUACUCGGAUGCACCCAAGGAGAAGUUGCUCCUCUUGUCGCAGUUCCUGUAUUGGAUUUUCUUCUGGGAUGAUGAGAUUGAUACUGGCGGUCAGCUCACCCAAGACCGUCAGGGAACAGUCAAAUGCUGUGAAGAGACCAAUAGAUGUGUCGAGGACUGCCUCGGCCCUAAUCCCAACUUCACACCACCACCUGGGUCUCGCCCUACAGUUGAGAUGUUUUACCCUAUUCUGACACAGUUCCGACAGUCGAUGGGUGCUGUCUCCAUUGAGAGGCUACGAAAAGAGCUUCACGACUACAUCAACGGUGUCUCGCGGGAGCAAGUUGUUCGACAGAAAGAGACCCUACCGACACCAGCUGAGCUUUUUAAAAUGAGAUGUGAUGAUGUGGGCGUCAUUCCCAGUAUCACUCAAAACGAAUAUGCAAUGGAUUUUGAGCUUCCUCAGUGGAUACACGAACACGAAGCUAUGCAGGAAGUGAUUAAAGAGGUCACUCGUCUCACCAUUUUGAUUAACGACAUUCUCUCCUUACAGAAGGAAUUCCGUGUGGGUCAGCUCGAGAACAUGGUCAUUCUUUACAUGUACCACGAGGGGCUUACCCUUGAGGAAGCCCUUGAUGUCAUGCUGGAUCUGAUCCGCGAACAUUACGUUCUCUGUACAGCUGCAGAGCAACGUAUACCCAAAACAGGGAAUUUGAAGCUCGACGCUGACGUUCAAACCUACAUUGUCGGUUGUCGUGAUCUGGCAAUUGGCACAGCUUAUUGGAGUUACAAUUGCGAGAGAUACUUCAAGUUUCACCAAAUUAACGAGAAGAGAGAGGUUUUGCUUGACAUGUCCUCUGCCUGA